AUGAGUUCAGCACAAUCACGUCUCAGUUCGGUCAUGGGCCACCUAGGCUCGCCUGCUGAUGGAAAAGCUAGGCUCUUGCAGAAGAAUCUGGACGACAUAGUUAUCACCCUUGCCAUCCGCACUCCUCUCACAAAGGCCCGCAAAGGAGGCUUGAAGGACACACCAAUUGACGACCUGCUUAUAGCUAUCCUAACUCAAGUUCGUGAAAAAUCAAAGUUAGACCCAAGCCUCGUUGAGGAUGUCUGUGUUGGCAACUGCCUUGGUAGCGGUCAAGCCUAUGUUGCCCGCUCAGCCGUCCUGGCUGCGGGGUUCCCUAUCACCACCGCUGCUUCAAUAGUCAACCGCUUCUGUUCAUCUGGCCUUCUUGCCAUCCAAGGUAUCGCCAAUCAGAUCUCGGCCGGAUCUAUCGAUGUUGGUGUUGCCGUUGGUGCUGAGUCCAUGUCCACAACUCCAGAUGGUGGCGCACCAAAGAUGAGCGAUAAGAUCAUGAAUCACCCAAUUGCAUCGCAGAACCAGAUGUCUAUGGGGUAUACUUCUGAGGAAGUUGCUGGCCAAUUUGAUGUUAGCCGCCAGGCGAUGGAUCAGUUUGCGGCCGAGUCAUAUCAAAAGGCCGAGAAAGCACAGAAGGAGGGUUGGUUCGACGACGAGAUCACUCCCAUCGUUGUCACAAUAAAGGAUCCAAAGACCGGAGAGGCAAAGCAAGUCACCGUCAGCAAGGACGAUGGUAUUCGAUAUGGCACCACGGCUGAAUCCCUAGGCAAAAUCCGCAACGCGUUCCCCCAGUGGAAACCAAGUCGUACCACCGGCGGUAACGCCUCUCAAAUAACUGAUGGUGCGGCUGCUGUUCUCCUGAUGAAGCGCUCGCGCGCAAUAGAGCUCGGUCAACCGAUAGUUGGAAAGUUCGCCGGCUCUACAGUUGUUGGUCUUGAACCAAGGAUUAUGGGUAUCGGCCCAAGUUAUGCCAUUCCAAAGAUUUUGGGCAAGGUUGGGCUGGCCAAGGAGGAUAUCGACGUCUUUGAAAUCAAUGAGGCUUUCGCAUCUAUGGGUGUUUAUUGUGUGGAGAAAUUAGCUCUGGAUAAGAAAAAGGUUAACCCACGAGGUGGUGCUAUUGCCUUGGGUCAUCCUCUUGGCUGCACCGGUACUCGUCAAGUGGUGACUGCGUUGUCGGAGUUAAGGAGGCAGGAUAAGAGAAUUGCGGUUACAUCUAUGUGUGUCGGGACUGGGAUGGGUAUGGCUGGAAUCUUCGUUUCGGAACAUUAA